AUGGUCUAUAAAGACCGCUUGGAUCAUGUCUUCAACAUGGAAUUUAAUACCGUACACAAUCUCGAACAAUCGUUCGCUAUGGGAUCAAUCCAGGUCGAGUGCUACAACAUCCUCAUCAUUGGCGCCGGUCUCUCCGGCGUCUGCAGUCUCUAUAAUCUGCGCAAGAGGUUCCCAGAUUGGAGUAUCAAGGUGCUCGAAGCAGCAGAUAGUGUCGGUGGCACCUGGUACUGGAAUCGCUAUCCCGGUGCUCGAGUCGACUCCGAGUCUCUGUCCUAUGCUUUCUCCUUCGACAAGGAGCUCAUGAAUGAGUGGCACUGGAAAGAGUCGUUUGCGCCGCAAUCAGAGAUCCUCCGAUACAUCGAGCGCAUAGCUGAGAAACACGAGCUUGCGAAAAACAUCCAGUUCAACACCCGAAUCAAGUCUGCGCGCUGGCAGGGCCACAGCAGGACAUGGAUAUUCACGGACGAGGCAGGAACACAGUACCAGACCCGGUUCUUUGUCAGCUGCAUGGGUUUCCUGUCCUCCCCAACCCUGCCAGCCAUCCCCGGUCUCGACACCUUCAAGGGCCAGGCUUUUCACACGUCCCGUUGGCCGAAGAAUUUUGAUCUGAGCCGCGACUUUGCCAAUAAGCGUAUCGGUGUAAUUGGCACCGGCGCAACUGGAAUUCAAACUAUUACUGCAGUAUCUAACGAGCCCAGCGUUCAAUCUGUGACCGUAUUCCAACGGACGGCGAACUGGUCGGCGCCUCUGCGCAACGAACAUAUCAGUCUCGAACAAAUGCAGAAGCACUGGCAAAAUUACGACGAUCUUUUUCAGAUCUGUGCUGAGACGCCAGGCUGUUUUCUCCACCAGGCCGACCCUCGCAAGUCGUUGGAAGUCACUCCCGAGGAGCGCCUCGCCCUGUGGGAAGAAAUUUAUGCCAAACCCGGCUUCGCUAAGUGGCUGGGUACAUUCAGCGAUACAUAUACAGACCGAGAGGCAAACAAACUCUACUCCGAUUUCAUGGCUAGCAAGAUUCGGGCCCGGGUGCAUGACCCCAAGGUGGCGGAUAGUUUGAUCCCCAAGAACCACGGCUUCGGCACCCGGCGAGUGCCACUGGAAAGCGGCUACUUCGAGGUGUAUAACAAGCCGAACGUUCACCUUGUUGACCUGCAGCAGACCCCUAUUAAAGAGAUCAUGGCGAAGGGAAUCAUCACAUCAGAUGACAAAGAGCACGACUUGGAUGUGCUUAUCUGCGCCACCGGCUUCGACGCCAUCACCGGUGCCUACAGUGCCAUCGAGUGGCACGGCAAGGACGGCCGGCCCCUGCUCGGGAACAGCGACACCAAGCAAGGUCAGCAAGCUGUCUGGGUUGACCACCGACCUCAGACUUUCCUCGGUCUGACAGCAUGUUCGAUGCCCAACAUGUUUAUGAUCCUCGGGCCUCACCAGCCAUUUGGCAAUGCACCCCGCACAAUCGAGCAUGCGGUAGCAGUAGUAUCGGAUCUGCUCCAAUACUGCAAGGAUAACAAAUACUCGUAUGUGGAACCGACUCCAGAGGCCGUGGAACGAUGGACAGAGCAUGUGGUUGAGUGCAGCAAGGGCCAACUUGCAAAUGAGAUCGAUAGUUGGAUGACCGGUGUGAACAAGAACAUCAAGGGCAAGACUGCCCGCAGUGUGGCACGGUACUCGGGACAUGCGGCCGAGUACCGUCGCAAAUGUGCGGAAUGCAAGGAAUCUGGGUGGAAGGGUUUGAUUUUUGCAUAA